ACCGCCCGCCGAGGGCAGCUGCGGCUCUUGCGGGGGCGGAGACCUCCGCCCGCCGGUCCUCUCGGGGACUUGGCCGCGCCCGCCGAUACCCACCCUCCGCGGCUGCGGCACGGUCAAGCGGUGCGCGGCCGGAGGUAGCGGUGUGCUCCCGGGCGGCCUACAGUUACCGGUUACGCUACUCGGGACACUGCGAGUGGGCAAGUGCCUUGUUGCUGCCUUGUGAAAGCGGUACAAAAUGGCGUACAGCGUGACUCUGAAUGGACCUGGACCGUGGGGUUUCCGACUGCAAGGGGGCAAGGACUUCAACAUGCCCUUGACCAUCUCCAGAAUCACCCCUGGCAGCAAGGCAGCACAGUCACAGAUGAACCAAGGGGACCUUGUGGUAGCCAUUGAUGGAGUCAACACUGACAGCAUGACCCACUUAGAGGCCCAGAACAAGAUCAAGUCAGCCAGCCACAACCUGAGCCUCACUCUUCAGAAAUCUAAACGUCCAGUGCCUGUUUCAACCACAGCGCCCAGAAUUGACUCUCCCAGGGCUGUAAUUCCCCACCAGAAGGAACCUGCUUGGGAAAUCAAUGGCAACAGAGCAACCUUCAGUCCUCUAACUAACACGGCGACUGGGCCUAUGGGUAGUAUUUUAGCAACCAAUGGAUCAUUUUCAGGCUACCUCAACCAGCAAGAGAUCAGCUUUUCAAAUAGCUCUUCCUACUUAAAGACUACCGCAGUUAGAUCUUCUGUGUCCUCUCAGUCUGUGACUCCUGAUAUUUCACCUGCAAAGAGCAAUCUAGGUUCAAAACUAAGCCCCGUAUUGACCGAUGGCAAUAGUCCUGUACAGCAGCUGAGCCCUGCGAGGCAGUAUAACAACCCUAUUGGCCUGUACUCAGCAGAGACUCUCAGGGAAAUGGCUGAGAUGCAUAAAUUAAGUCUCAACCGAAGGGCUUCGGAAGGUGGACUUCCUAGAGGUAGCCUGCCUCUUAAAGACCCUCACGUAGACAGUGCCUCGCCCGUGUAUCAGGCUGUGCUUAAAACUCAGAACAAGCCUGAAGAUGAAAGUGAAGACUGGAGUCGCCGUUCUGCCAAUCUGCAGUCUAGGUCUUUCCGUAUCCUUGCCCAGAUGACUGGAACGGAGUACAUGCAAGAUCCAGAUGAAGAAGCCCUGAGGCGGUCAAGAGACAAGGAAAAUGUUGCUGCAGCAUCAGAAAACAGGCCUACAGCUACUACGCACGCGCCACAGUAUGUGACCUCCAGUAUUUGGCAUCCUCCUAAAUCAUGCGCCACGGGUGCCAGCACUGACAGUGCUAAGCCAGUGGCCUCCAAGGGCUCUGUGAGGCUCGGAGCGGGUACAAGUCAGAGGGAGGCCAGUUUCAGCACUACUGGCCAGAAAGUCCCUCUUACUUCAUCCAGUAAUCAAAGUACCCCUGUUGAGCAUGCUCCGGUGUCUACCAGUUCUGCCUCUGCUCCUGCGCCACAUGCUUCAGCACAUCAGCCUGCUACUGCUGCUCAAAGUACAGCCAGUCUGAUGAUACCACCAGCCACCACCUCGGUAGUGCAAGAGUCUUUCUCCUCCUCCUUCCAAAGAGUGCUUGCAGCCCCCAGCUCUCUUUCCCAGCCUAAGCCUUUCCAUGGGUCCAAGAACAUGUCGUUAGCAGCUUCCACUAUUUCAUCUGCUCUCUCAUCUCAGUCUAGUUUCAACCGGCAUUCUUCCACCUCCAUCAACUACCAGUCAAAUAAGAGAAACACAAGCCAGUCAUAUACACCAACACCAGUUUCUGGAAGCUACAGUGAAAGUCCUACUGCUUCUGCUACUUCAAAAACGAGAGUCGUUACUACGGCCAGCAUAAAGCCCUCUGUCUACCAGCCAGCACCAGCACCCGUUCAUUCCUACACUCCUCCCAGCACUGAGCCUGCAAGUCGUCCUCCCUGGGUAACAGAUGACUCCUUUUCCCAGAAAUUUGCACCCGGAAAAACCACCACCACUGUCACAAAGCAUAUCCUACCAAGAGGUGCUCCAGUACGAUCUCCUGGCUCAACUUCUGCUUACCCAUCUCCAGUUUCAGCUUCUUCCCAGGCUCCUCCAAUAGCCCGGGGAACAUUUCAAAAGGCUGAGCGUUUUCCAGCCAGCAGCCGAACUCCUCUCUGUGGACACUGUAACAGCAUCAUUCGGGGUCCUUUCCUGGUAGCCAUGGGUCGCUCUUGGCACCCAGAAGAAUUCAAUUGUGCUUACUGCAAGACAUCCUUGGCUGACGUGUGCUUUGUGGAGGAGCAGAACAGUGUGUACUGUGAGCGCUGUUAUGAACAGUUCUUUGCACCAACCUGUGCCAGAUGCCACACUAAGAUCAUGGGGGAAGUGAUGCAUGCCCUAAGACAAACUUGGCACACAACCUGCUUUGUCUGUGCUGCUUGUAAGAUGCCGUUCGGGAAUAGCCUCUUUCACAUGGAGGAUGGGGAACCUUACUGUGAGAAAGAUUAUAUUGCUUUGUUCAGCACAAAAUGCCAUGGCUGUGAUUUUCCUGUUGAAGCUGGAGAUAAGUUCAUUGAAGCUCUUGGACACACUUGGCAUGAUACCUGCUUCAUUUGUGCUGUAUGCCAUGUGAAUUUGGAAGGUCAGCCAUUCUACUCCAAGAAGGAUAAGCCACUGUGCAAGAAGCAUGCCCAUGCCAUCAAUAUUUAAAAGAAGACUUGGUAUCAGUAACGCUGGGGAAAAACAGAUGACUAACUGGGCAAUUAUAAAGUUGAUAACCAUGGCUAGCGUUUCUCUUGGUAAAAGCUAGGAAGUUGAUAUUUCUGAAGUUUAACCUCUUUUGUAAAAGCAGAACAUGCUUUUGUAAGGUUCAUACAAAAACCUACUGAAUGAACAGUCAAAACAAAUGAUCUAGUCUAUUAUUAGAGAAACAGUUGGGGGAAAUAUUGAAAUAAUUAAAAACUGUAAUAUGAAAAGUAACGCUCAAAUACAGUUUCAAAUGAACUACCCACAGCAGUUUUACUGCUUAGACCACACAGUAGUGUCUAAGAACAACUGGAAAAGUCCUUUUGUAAUAAGUAAUUUUCUUUCAUAACAAUAAUUAUUAAGUGCCACAUGUACAAUAAUCUGUAGAACCAAAGGCCAUAGUUUUCAAAGGGAAAUAAAGAGAUUAGGGUUUCCUCUAUGAGAAGUCAGUGCUAUUCCAUUAUGUUGUGGUGCUACCUCAUAGCAUCAAAUAUUUUAGAUUCUUUACAAAUUAGAAGUCUGUCUUGAAUACAUAUGUAGCUGGGAAGCCUAGGAGACAAUCCAUAACUUACUUGGAAAAUGAAGUAGAAACAGAAUAAUGCUUUCCAUAACCCAGUAGGCCCAAGAGAAGCAUGUUGGAUCAACCUUGCUAGUGCACUUGGCUUAUACAUGCACACUAGAUUAGUUCACCUUCAACUCAUAAUGGAAAAGGCCAACUGAUUUUCUCCAGAUUGUUCUUACAUUGGAUGGAAUAGAGCUGGCUGGAAAGGCCAGGUUUUAAUUUGAAAACAGUUUUCCUUUCCUCUUGUGGAAAAAGACACUCAAAGUUGCUUUGGUUUCUAUGAUAAUUCCAACUGAUAUCAUUGGGAGGUAGGAAUCUUCAUCUGAACCUUCACAUUGGUGAACACACAAGACACACAUCCACCUAGCCCAGCUAGGAAGUGGGAGAUAGCUUUUAAAAGUUCCCUACUCCUUCCCACAUAGUUAGGAAAAGGGCAUAAUUUUUCCUAUAGCAAAUUAACAUUGAUUAAAAAUUUGUAAGGCAGAAUAACACCACCGGCACAUACUCUUUAUAAAUUUUGUUAGUUUAAAUGCAACACAUCCUAAAUUGCAGUAGUAUUUGCCACUAUAGAACAGUAGAUAGGCUCUGACAAUUAGGAUAACCAUACAGUCAUCUUUUCUAAUAUUUUAAGAACAACCUUCACAUUGUUCGAACAGUUAUUUAUAAAACUUAGUCUGAUCACUAUUCCAAUUUUAUUAAUUUAAGUGAAAAUUAUGAUGUGUGUGUUGACAGCUUGCAAUACUGACAGUUUUGAAUUAGAAUUUCUAAGGCUGAGGAUGCAUUCUGUGAGCCACCUUCUGGUGCCAUCUGUACCUUCUGUUUUACCUUGUGUUUUGAGUAACAACAAACUACAUAGCACUGUCUGCCUUUCCCCCUCACUAUGGGUAAUGCCCGUUUUAAGAAAAUUAGUUUGUCUUUUCAGGGAUGAGAAACUAUCUAAAGUUUGAGGGGGGAAUAAAAGAAAUUUGAAGUUCUAAUAUGAGAAUUAAGUUAGCUGCAGACAGUCCUCAUCUUGGACAAAAAUAACAACCUGAACUGCCCAUGGCAGUUUAAACGUAUGACCUGCAUUUGUUCAAUAAGUAUCUAAGUUCUCACAGGUCUUAGCAGUGAUCGAUCUGAGUGGUACACGGUCAGAUUUUUUUAUGCAUGAAUUAUUCUAAAACACUAGUACGUUAUAUGUAAAGCCUCUUUUUUUUCUAUAGCAAACAAAUUUUCUGGUUUUAGUCAGUGUUGGACUGAUGUGAAUAUGGUUCCAUUGAUCAUAAAAUCCAAAGGCCUGGCUCAUAAUAUUCUUUAGAGGAAUAAAUUGUAAUCAUGGAAGUUAAAUAUUUUUUCACUUAUCUUACCUCAUUAAAUACCUUUUCAUAACAGUGAGAUAAUUUUAGAUUUCCUUUCAAUUUUUGAAUGUCAUUCAACAAGAUGGUAUUUAUUAUUCUCUGUUAUUUAGGAGAAUUCAUAUCAGCAUAUUAUACACUAAGACUGCAUUGAAGAUAUUCUUACGGCAGAUUUCUGUGUGACCUACUGACUGGGUCUCAUACUGUCAACAUCAAAACAGGGAGUCAGACUCCUUGGGAGGACACAACAUGCUAGGGCUUAUGAUGUCUCAGAAGAAUUUCAUGAGGUCUUUCACCUCUAAUAUGCAUGUGUGUAUAUGUCUCACUCGCCACCUUCCCCCUCAAUGUCCCUCCAAGCUCCCUCUUCACUGGCAGUGUGAAGGACAAAGCAUUUUAGGAGAUGGCCAGAGAUGGAGGGCUGCAGCUUUGGCAGGGAUACAGUCUGUGGGGAGAUGGUGGUAGGCGGCAUGGCUAGGGCUGUCUCCAUGUUCAGAGGGGAGCCCGGAUCACCAGCUGAAGUGGCCCAGCUCAGUCUGCAAGUUACAGGGGCGGACAGGGAUAUGGGAGACUGGGGUCUCAGUGUGGGCAGGGGAAGGGAGGCUUGGGUCAGAGAAGGGAGAGCACCUGCAGCAGCAUCUCUGGUUGAGUGUGAGAAGAUGAGGCAUUGAGGACACAGGAGGCCAUUAGUGAAGCUGGGGUUGGAGGGGGAAUAACUAGGUAAGACUAGUUUCACCAAACUGACAUGUGAGUUGGGGUGGGGUGGAGGGGGGGAAGGGGGAAAUAGCCAGCAUGACUCACUACAGUCAGGGAAAGGACUUGAAGGAAGAAAUCAGGGUACACGUAGCUUUCAAUAGUCCGGAGAGCUAGUAUGAAUAUGUAUAGAAGGGAUGAGCAAGGGGGAUAUAGGAUCCAAUCUAGUAAGUAUGUGGUCAGAACUGCAGAAAGGUGAAUGCAAAAGCUGAGCCCCUUGCGGAGUGACAACAGUGAAAAUGCAGCAGCACAGGCUUCAGUGAGAGCCAUACUAGCUUGAGAGAUUCCUGAAAACUUCCUUGAGCAGAUAAGAUGCACUGUAACACAUGCCCUGAUUUCAGCUGGUGUCUGAGCAAGUGAGAUUAAAGCUAGUUUACAUAUCACUAUAUGAAGUACAGUGAUAUCUCUGAAUGAAAAACAGAGAUACCCUGAGGAUUAUAAUGUAAUAAAUUUCCUGUUUUGACUUGUGCUGCUUCAUAAUGUGGUCCAAAAAUAGGGAAUCCACUUACCCACCCUUGAUAUCUAUAUUAAGAUAUAAUUUUUGCACAUAUCCGAACCAGAAAUUUGUGAAUAAUAAUGUAGUAUUUUAACUUUCACAAGGGUAGAAUAUCAUAUAACUACUGAUACUCUUCUGCCAGAUGUCAUCUUUGUGAUACGGAGGGGGGAAAGAUGCAACUAUCACUGAACAUAAAUGCUGCACAAAAAUAUGCAAGAUGAAUAAUGUGUAUUUCUUUAUGUUUUAUGUCUUGUAAUAGAUGCCUGGGACAAGUCCUAAGUUCCUCUAAAUAUUUCUUUUCAUUCUAAUUAAUGUGGAGUUUUAAAUUAUAAAACAAAGAUACUGUACCUCUGAAUGAUCAAAUGAGAAGUCCAGUCUUUUAUCUAAUUAAAAAGUGUUCAGUAACUUUUCAGUCAAAGGCUUCGAAAAUGAUCUUAAUACUUUUUUCUCUUUUUCUGUUCUUUUUGCAGAGGAGGGUAAAUAACAUUUUUCCAAAGAUGACUUUUAUUAUCUGGAAAACAAAAUAAAACAAAAACACUCUUAUGACUUCUUUUUUUAGAAAUUUUUACUAUAUUGGAUUUACACAUUACACAUUUCUAAAAUCAAUUAAAAACAGGGAAAAAUGUUUUCCUUGGUCCUUCAGUGGUCAGUACUUUGGAUGAAAUGUUUUGUUAAAGAUUAUUUGUAUUUAUGUUUAAUAAUGUGAAAGUCCACAGCACUGAACACACUCAUUAGUGUCUAAUGCUGGGCACACUAAUGUUUGUUUGCAAUACUUGUCUACUGGUAGCAGAUAUUAAUUUUUUUAGUAUUUAUAAACAUGAGAUUUUGAAACUGAGUGAUUUCUUGCCUGCAGUGAUCAUCUUAGAAGUCCAGGGUUUAUAAUAUAUUGAUAUGUUGACUUGAUGCCACAAGUGCCCUUGCUUUUAGAUAUAUAUUUUUUCCUAAGUUCCUAGUUAUUUCAGAAACAGAAUGUAGUGUGGUUUAUGAGGUGUGAGUAACUACCUUGCAUGGAUUAUCUGUGCCAACAUGAAUAAAACAGUCUAGUAAUAAAAGCAAUGUGCAAAUACAGUUAAACUUUACGAUUUGGGUGUAUUUAUUAAUAUGCCAUGUGAACAGCUGACAGCUUUCAGACAUGUAAUCCUGAUAAGAAAGAAUACACAAGCUUGUACUCUCUACUAAAGUCCUGAAAAUAAAAAUUAAAAGCAUUGGUUUCAA